GCGCAAUGCAGAGCAGCGAGUAAUUUGAAUAGUGUGGAGCGUUUGAAGGCUUCUUCAGUAUUUUGUUUUUGUAAUUUUUUUGCUUUACAACGCAACAACUCAGGAUCUUGUUAGUUUUUUAUUGUUGUCUUUGCUUGCGAGAAACCACAAGCGGAUUGUUAAACUUUUUAGAAGCCCAUAGCUCUUACAUCUACCUAAAUGCAAUACAUACGCAAAUACACCCAUACAUACAAACUUAUAUAAGUCAGCCGCAAUAAACUCAGGAUUCCACAGAGGUUUAUUUAAAUUUAUGAAGAAAAUAUUAAUACAAAUAUAAACAUAAAAUACAAAUAAAUAAUAUACACUAAGCAAGUAAACUUUUCAAAAAGUCAAACUCAAGAAAAGUACGAGCAGAGAACGCAUAAGAAGAAGCAGUAAAUCAAUUUGGAAACGUUUCCCCAAAAAGCAAUAAACCACUAAAACUAACUACUGCACCUACAAGGAAAUAAUUGUAAAUCAUAUCAGCAGCAACAACAACCACAGCAUACACAUUAGAGUGAAGCAGAAUAGCCAGCGACGCUUUUACAGCGUCACAUCAGUGAAGUCGCCAACGCCAAUACCAACCCCAACACAAACACAAACAGAAACAACGCCAAACACCAAAAUGGACGAGACACAGCAUUUCUGUUUGCGCUGGAACAACUACCAAAGCAGCAUAACAUCGGCGUUCGAAAAUCUGCGUGACGAUGAGGAUUUCGUCGACGUAACAUUGGCGUGCGAGGGGCGUAGCAUUAAGGCGCAUCGCGUCGUCCUGUCAGCGUGCAGUCCAUACUUUCGCGAUUUACUCAAGAGCACACCUUGCAAACAUCCAGUAAUUCUACUGCAAGAUGUAAAUUUUCUCGAUCUACAUUCGCUGGUUGAAUUCAUUUAUCACGGCGAGGUGAAUGUGCACCAAAAGUCCUUGCAGUCCUUCCUUAAAACGGCAGAGGUACUUCGAGUCUCGGGUCUCACACAGCAACAGGCCGAGGAAACUCAUAGUCAAUUAGCUCAAAUACAAAAUCUGGCAAAUGCGGCCAACGCCACACGCCCUCCUCACAACACACACCACAAUGCCCUGCACGAAGAGUCGGUGCUGUAUUCGCGCAGCAGUGGCUCACCCCCACCACCACCUCCAUCCCAACAACUGCCAUUGGCCUCCACACACAUUAACAGCCAACUGUUUAAGCGCAGCAUGGCUAUGCUCCGACGCGAACGGAACAAUUCCACACCAUCGGCUGAGGACUCGAAUAAUGCUAUGAAACGUCUACGCGGACCCGAUAACGGUUUGCCGUCGAGCAGUAAUAAUAGCCCCGAAAUCGUGCACCAACGCAGCUCAUCCCCGCAAUUGACACCUGCCGAUUUCUCAACCAUCAAACACAACAAUAACAAUACACCGCCUCUGAAGGAAGAGAAACGUAACGGACCCUCUGGCAAUGGUAAUAACGGGAAUGCUAAUAGCGACACUGGCAAUGGCAAUGGCAUCGCCAAUAGCGACAAGGUCAGCGGCAGUUUAACAUCAUCGCCGCUGACACGCACUGCUGACGACGUCAAAUCGGAACCCAUGGAGCUGGUCUGCUCGAAUAACAAUCCGACAGUGGUCGAUGAGCACAGCAACGACUCCACUGGCGAACAUGAGGCGAAUCGAUCGAGCAGCGGCGAUGGCGGCAAAGGUUCAUUGAGUUCGGGAAACGAUGAGGAGAUCGAUAACAAUAUGCCACCGCAUCCUCCACCGUCAUAUAUGAUGUCACCGGCAGAGAGCAAGUUAUUUCCCCCGGGGCCCUUCAAUUUCCCCAUGAGCGGUCUAGAUCCUGCCGCGUUAGCUGGUUUUAACUCGCAACUACAGUCUGCCGCCGAAUUAUCAGUUUCUCCGCAAGGUGCGCACUCAGCCAUACGCUCGGACGCUACGUCACCGACAAGUUCUACCUCAUCACCACCCUCACCGCCUACCGCGCUCACAUCGCCAUCGCCCUCUUCGCUGAGUUCGUUGGCGUGCAACGGCGGCAAUGGCGGCCUCAAUGUCCCUGGCGGCGGUGGCGGCAGUCUCUUCAACAUGCACAACUCAUCCCCACCACGCCCAGGCAGUGGCGGCAGCAUUACGCCCAACGGCAACGGCAAUUGCGGCGGCCCAAAUGGCGCGUCCUCCUUGACAACCACAUCGCCACAAAUUCCGUUGCGCAUGCCACCGCCCACCAGUGGCGGCAUCAACGAGCCUCAGGAGUGCCCCUACUGUCGACGCACCUUCUCAUGCUACUACUCGCUGAAGCGGCACUUCCAAGACAAGCACGAGCAGUCCGACACGCUGUAUGUUUGCGAGUUCUGUCAUCGACGCUAUCGCACCAAAAACUCACUCACCACACACAAGAGUCUGCAGCAUCGCGGCUCGAGCGGCAUGCUAAAGCGCCUGCUCAAAACGUCCGCCAUCAAAAAUGUGCUUGUGCCACCGCACCAUCACCACCAUCAUCUGACGCAUCCGCGCGCCAGUCUAUUUGACUUCACCAGCGAACUGGGACAGCCACCACCGGGCAUCCAAUAGGAUUACGGAUGGAAUGCGAUUUUUUAGAGAGCCCGCUAAGCUGAGCGGAGCGUAGGCGCGCAAUUAUUCUUAUGUAGUAUUUGCAAUUAUACUUAUAAAUAGGCGUGAAUACUAAUUUACUUAUGUUAGUUAUUGUACUUGUAAUUCGGUAAAGCUUAGUGAUUUUCAAUGUAGUUAUGUUUAUAUAGGAUUUUAUUUCACUAACUGUAAACAAUUCAAACACAAUCACUCACAUACACAUAUACAUGCAGGCAUUACACAAAGUAUAAGCGGUAAAUAGCGCGGCCAGCGCAGUGCGCGUUGGCGCCUAAGUGCAAUACAGAAAGGAGCAAAUCCGCACCGCUUUCGAAAUGGGCUUAAAAUAUAAGUGAAGUAGAAUAAGCUUUUCAACGAAAAGCACAACAAUUGAGGCUGGCCUGGCAGCCGCUAAGAUGAAAUGAAGAGAGAGCAAGUCCAUUGUAAAUACACACACACACACACAUAAGAAACAUAUACAGUUGUAAGCGUAGUCUAAGCUCUUAGCUACAUUUAAUGCUAAUUACCGUUAGUUUUAAUUACUUCACUUACUGCUAAUUUCAAAGCAAAGCAAAAAUGCAUAAACAAAUACUUAUACGACAGUUUUCUGCAUAUGAACGCCACCAAAAUUGGUAAGAGUCCAAGAACUUGAGUGGUAACUGCAGAUAAGACAGCCGCAGCAACGCCAAACUGCGGGCCAGUGGUCUAGCAAUUGCAGCGAAAGGAGGAGCGUGCGUAGUGGCCAAGGUGGGGGCGCUAAGUGGAAAAGUGUGAAAAGUGGGGAACAGUGAAAAGUAAAAAGCAACUAUGCAAAGGCUGUGCCCUCACUUUCACUUUUGUUUUUAUCAAUUUGUACAUAUCAUGGCGUAUACGCAACAUUCGAUGCCGUUUCGGUAUUACCUAGCAAAAUUAAAUUUGAAUAGCAGAAAUCUGUGAGAAACUAAAGAAGAAGGAAAUAGUACGCGACGCCGUUGCCUUUGCCACUGCACGCCACUGUGCAUUUGCACCUCAGACGGGUGUCGGGUGUCUUUAUAAAUAAUAAUUUUUAUUAUGCAAAUGUAGAUUUUUUAGUAGUCAGUUUCUUGUGUUUUUUCUAUUGAUUUUUCGAGUACAUUUGGGUUGACUUACUUUCGAGUGCGCUGCGAAUUCUCUAGAAAUCAAAUGUAUUCCAACUGAGCAAGAAAAACAAUAUAAGAAACAGCAGAAAAGAAAACAUUUUCAAAGUGAAGUUGAGUGUAAACAAGUUAUUACUUAGAAGAAGAAAUAUUGAAAGAAAAACAAAUGCGUAGAUCAAAGAAAUGAAGUGUGAGCGCGAUUUUACAUAAUUAGGCAUAACUUGGGCAACACUGUGUGCCAAAAGCGGUUUCAGCCGUUUGCAUUUCUUAAUUAAUUAUGAUAAUAAGAUACAAAAACAAAAACAUUUACAUGGAAAAUUUAAAUGAAAAAGUGGAAAAGUGAAAAAACCAGUAGCACUAAAAAUGCAUGUUAUAUUGCAAAUAUACAUAUAUACAUACAUACAUACAUAUAUUAAAUGAAUUGAAUUAAGUGUAAAUCUAAAUGAACAUUAUCAGGGAUUAAUAUCAGUAGAAUGUCCUUUUUUCUAUACAAUUAAAUUAAAUUAAAUUAAAUGAAAAACAAAGCAUCAAGCGAAACUUAAUAUUUUACCAAACUAAAGAAAACAACUUAAAGUGGAAUCGAUGAAAUUUAUUAAAAACAUACAUAUAUGUAUACAAUACACACACACACACACACAGAGACAUGCAAGUACGCAUGCAAUUCUAAAUGUAAGCCCAGCUAUUUAUACAUAUGAAAGACGCAGACAUAUUUAUGCAAAAUGCACAACAACAAGAAAAGAAAAAUAUAAACAAAAACAAAAACAAAAACAAACAAACUCAGUGAUUUUCACCAGUGAAGUACAAAUGACUUGAAAUUUAUACAAACAAAUGAAAAUAAAAUGCAAAAAUGCAAAAAGACAAAAUGACAAAAUGCAAAGGCAUAACUGUAUUUGGAAAUUUACAAUUCUAGUUGCAUAAAAUACUAUGUAUACAAAAACAAAGUAACAAGCGCAUUUAAAACCACAAAAACUAAUAAUGUUAAAAAAACAUGGAAAAGAUACAGCAAGUAAAAAACUUCAAGAAAUUAGUACGAAAAGCCUCAAACACCUCAAAGUUUUUUUUUUUUUGUUUUUAAGGAAAUGCAUUACUUUCACAGCAAAUCAAAUAGAAAGAAAGUACGCAAAUCGCUGAAAUAAAUUUUAAACAAACAAAAAAUAUUUUUCUAAAUGUACAUUGAACAGAUUUUCACUCAGAGUAGAACACAAUUUUUAUUAACUAUGUAAGCAUGUAAAUAUUAAAAAACUAUAAGUUAAAAUCUCUUACAAAGUAAAGUCAUGAAUUAAGAAAUUAAGAAAAAACAACAAAAAAAAUAACAAAAGCAAAACACUUACAUAAUAUUAGCAUUUAUUAAAAAAAAAGUAACAAUUUGGAAGCCAAAAAACAAAAAACAAAAAUAGCAAAAAACGCUCAAAACUGCAAAGUACGAACUCCAAAUUGUUAUUUUCGCACAUAUCCGUAAAUUGUCUCAGGAAUUACUACUUUUAAAACGAUGACAGAAACACAGCAGAAAUGAAGCACUACAAGAAGCUUUUAAGCUGCUGCCAACAGCUUAAGACGCUAGCAACGAGAGCUUUUGUAACACACAAACAACAAAACAAAUCAAACGAAAUAUUGCUACUUAAAAGUGAAAUAUUUAUUAGUAACAAAAACGUCUCACUAGCAGUUAAUUGAAAGAAACUUGACAACCUCCGCAAUGACUAGAAGUAUUACAAGCAAGCAAAUGUGUGCCAUUGCAUAACCUUAAAUUAAUGCAGGAAAAGGCGCAGCAAAUGCGCACUAAAAAAUACACAAAAAUAGUAAAUAAAUGUAAAAGCAAAGCGCGGUGUGGCGCGUAAGUGAAAGCUGCUGCGUAAGCAAAGCACGCAACUACACCGCACGAAAGCGCGACUGUGAAAGCGCGCCUAUGAAAGCACGCGCAAGCUCACUACCGUUAUACAACAGCACUGUACAGUUAUGCAGGCACUCUGCCGUUAUGUCUAGAGCAAACUUUACAAAAUAUAAAUCAAAUUGAAGAGUUCAAUGCGUUUCGUGCGCAGUUUAAGGUUUCCAAAUUUUAACUCUAUUUCGAGCUUUCACCCAACCCAACUUGCCAGUGCAAAUGUGCCAAGAAUCACUCUGAAAUCCGUCUUCAAAUCACAAAUCAAUGAGACUGCUCGAUUUCAAAAUGAUUUCCGCUAUAUAUCAUACUUCUAUAUAUUCUACUGCAAAUGCAUUUCAAACGCGUUGCCCAGUUACCCAGUUGACUAUAGACUCAGUGCUAAUGAAUGUCUGAAAGUUGAAUAUUCACGCGUUUAUAUGUGACUAGUUUAUAUUUACUUAGUUGUAGGAAAGAGAGUUUCUGCAACAAAUAUAUGUACAUUUUAAUUUUAUGGUAAUUGUUUUUAACUAAUUUUAAUUUUGUUUUGUUUUUGUCUAUUGUACCCUUAAUACUUAACAAAUUCGUUUCUCGUAAGUGUAAUUCUAAAACUGCGUGUGUGUAUAUGUAGAAUAGCAUGCGCUCGAUAUUUAUUAUUAUUUUUUUUCAUCAAAAUUGGCAAAUUAAAAAAUACGACAAACUGUGAUCUAUUUUCUCUCAAAUUUACAUACAAAAUUCUUGUUUGGCUGUUAACUAUUUUUACACGAAGUAAGAUUUAAUUAGAAAGCAAAAAUGAAGCAACUGCUUUUUUGUACAAAAUUUAUGUUUAGGUCUCAUGUGCAAAUGGAUAUACAAAUUUAUUUUUUUUUUACAUUUUGGUGCGACUCAAAUCAUCUAAAUUUCUACACAUACAACAAAUGCAACUACAAUUAGAAAUUAGCAACUAGAAAUGUAUAGAAUUUACACAAAUGUACGGUAUUUAUUUUGCUGCUUAAAAAUAUUAUUAUUACUAUUAUGCUUAAUUUUAUUUUCCUUCGAACCUGAAGAGUUUUAAGAGUUUUAUAAAUGUGAAACUCGAGAAAAAAUUAGAGCACAGA